AGUUCUUGGUCGCCGGCGGAAGAUCUGAACAACCUAGCUCCUGUGAGAAAAACGCCACAUCGAAUCUUGAUUCAUAUUUCCUGCAUUCCUAGAAAAGUAAGUCGAUCGGCAAACGGAGAAAACAACGAUUCACCAAGGCGUGACGAUGCGUCGAGAUCCAAAGAUAUUUGACGAAAGAUCUUAUGGACGACAAGGAUUUGUGUCGGGACGAAAUAUGUGUGUUGGCAUUGGCUUCCGAGGAGUCGUCGAAGAAACCCACCCCACGAGCGCACAAAAACUGUUCGGAAGAUGGAUUUGGCUCUGCCUCUCUGAGGUAGACAACAUAUGGGUUGUCGUUUUGUUUGUUUGUCAUCACAUCGCAUCUUGCGAGGCGUUCCUAUUUGCGACAGAGGAUCACCCAGUCGGUUUGCCCUGUCGAGAUCUCAUCGAGCUUGGUGCUUGUUGGACGAGGUGCUCUUGCAUUUCGAUCACGUGCCCUCGGUGGGAUUUCCGGGGUCCGGCGAAUGGUGCCUAUCACUCUUACUACGGGACGCUAGAGAAAAGACCAGUGCGACCAUUUUGAGUAUGUACGAACCUCUUGCUUCCAUGGUUCUGUACAUAAUUAGGUUUCGUGCACAAUUUCUGUUUGCGCUCAGAAAAGGGGGUCUUGGAUUCUUCUGAAAGCUGUGUCGGUUUGUUUGACAUGCCUGCUUUCUGCCUCGUCGACAGGGGCAUUGCCCGGGAUCCUUGUCGUGCUGCGACUCGUGUCGUGUCGGAAUGUUCGAAUUGUCUCUCACUCUUUUGUUUUUUCUGUUGUUGAUUUUGACACCGACCAGUUUCCAAAAGAUAAUCAAAAUGGCAUCUAUUUGGGCACGAUACAACAAAUUGCUGGACACCCAGCCACUUCUGACCAAGUGUCUGACCUCCCUCACCGGGUUCACCGUCGGAGAUAUCUUGGCGCAGAAAUUCAUCGAGCCCAGCGACAAACCGUACGACAUUAUGCGUACCAUCCGCCUGGGAUCCUUCGGGUUUCUCUUCCACGGAAGCACCGGCCACUACUUUUACGGAAUGCUCGACUCGAAGAUGCCCGGAACCAAGCCCGUCACCGUUGCUUCGAAGGUUUUGAUCGACCAGACCAUCUGGAACCCCAUUUUUGGAUGCUGUUUCUUUGGAUUCCUGAACUUUGCCGAGGGCAAGACGUGGGACGACUACACCAAGAAACUCAACUCCGACCUCAAGACCGCCGUCAUGGGAUCCUGGGCAGUUUGGGUGCCGGCCCACACGAUCAACUUUGCCUUUAUUCCUCCCUCCCAGCGAUUGUUGUACAUUAACACUAUCCAGAUCGGAUACAAUAUCUUCCUUUCCUUCCUUGGAAACAAGAAGGCGGACGAAUAAACAAUAAUUCAUAGACGUGUAU